CAGUUCAGCUGCAGUUUCCCUGCUUCCUCCUCACUCUGGCUGGAUCAUUUGCUGAGGGGCGAAGUUGCCGUUCACUAUGAGAGGCUUGUAAACCUGACAUGUGUACACCCAGUGAGACAGUAACCUGAGCAGCCAUCCUGAGGGAACACCAGGAUGCGUCCUAUUGCCUCCCAGCUUUUAGGCAAGACCAAGAGUGUUGGAGGCAGCCGCUGGAGCCCUGCGGCUGCCGCCCUGCUGCUCUCCCUGUGUCAUGGCUUCCCUCCCUCUGUGGCCAUUUGCCCACCCUGCUGCCUUUGUGCCAGUGAUAUAAUUUCCUGCAGCGGGCACAAUCUGUCUGUGCUGCCCUCUGAUCUCCCGAGCUAUGCCACGAGGUUGGACCUGAGCCACAAUGCUCUCACUGCCCUUUCUCUGGACUGGAUUUCCAGUCCGUUUGACCGGCUUGCCACACUAGUUCUCAACCGAAACUCCAUUAGCCGAAUUGAGGUGAAUUCUUUCACUGUGGUGCCGCGUCUCCUCCACCUGGACCUCUCUUCCAACCGCCUAACAGUGCUGAACUCAUCCGUCUUCACUGGGUUGAAGGAACUGAAAGAGUUGCUGCUGUUUGGCAACCAGAUCGUCCAAAUUAACCCAGGGGCCUUCAGCGAACUCUACAACCUGCAGAGGCUCUACCUUUCUGGGAACAGACUUACAGCUUUCCCCCUGGAGAUUUAUUGGGAACCUGGGGGGCCUCGUAAUCUGACCUUUCUCGAUCUGUCUUACAACAGGCUCUCCAAGGUGCCUGUCCAGAGCCUGCUGUCUCUCACCCGGCAAGGUGGAAUUUAUUUGCAGGAGAACCCUCUGGUCUGUGACUGUGCUUUACUGGCCUUGCUGGAGUACUGGAUGUGGAAACAGUAUCGCCCCCUGGUGGACUUCAAAGGUGAAUACCCAUGUCUAGACGGUUCAGGACCGGGAUCUGAAUGUAGCCAGCAGGUAGUUUCAGAUAUGCCCCUUGAGGCACAAACUUACCAAGUAGAGCCUGGUAAAUGGCUCAGAGUGCCAUGUCCAGGGUUGGCUUCUCCAGCCCAGGAGGGGCUGGGGGUAUUCUGGGUUACCCCCAGGACUGUGGUGAAUUCAUCAACCGAUGAGCCGAGUGCCCACCUAAUGGUUUUCCCCAAUGGCACCCUUGAAAUUCGAGCAGCCCUGAUGGAGGAUUCGGGCAUGUAUAGGUGCGUGGCAGCCCGUGGGCGCCACUACGACCCCAACGAGUCUCUGGAUGUCACUGUGAUGGUCGGAAAUGUAAGCACCGCCUCCGCCAGCGGCUUAGCACACGGCAGCGGUGCCGAACAUUUCAACACAGCGUUCACCACCCUGGCUUCCUGCGUGAUCAGCAUCAUACUCGUACUGCUCUACCUCUACCUCACUCCCUGUCGAUGCCGGGACAACCGGGGGUCGAGAGGGUGCGGCGGACGGGCCAUCAUCCUCUGUUCAGACCCCAGAGAGGUAGAGUCAGGACAGCGGAGGUCAAAUGGAAAGAGGGUGGCUUUCUUAGAGCCUCAGGCAGAGGACUCUGAUAUCAGUGGUCCGAAAACACCAGCAAUGAAUUUGGGUCAUGUUACCACUGAGGGAAUUCUCAAGAAUGGAAGUAGGACAUUAGGACAGACCCUCACAGACCCUGAGCAUGUGGUAUAACAAGACGCACAUUCCUGUAUUCAACCAGUCUGGACCCCUGCUUUACUCUCACUGUCUUGUUUCAGUACAUAAUGACAAAAUCCAUUUAAUGUGAAAAUGUACUGUGAUUCUUGUGAAGUAGUUAUGCACUGUAGGGUUUGUGUGUUUGGUCUGAAGCUGAAAAUGCAGUCCUUUUGUAGGGAGUAUUUCAAUUAUGUCUCGACUGUAAGUGGUGUCUGUUUUUUACAUUAAAAGUUCAUAUGGAAAUUCACUGCUAAUGCGGGAAAUUGUUAUUGCAAAGAUCACAAAGGUCGUAUAGCCGUGGGUGGUGUUUUAAAUUGAGCUGAGAGGAAUAAUCACACCUCAUAUGAUGAGCUACUAGAGGCAUUGAUGGUCUUUAUACAGUAUGUACUUUGUGAAUGACAUCACAGUGACCCUUGUUAUUUUUAACCACCUGUCAUACUGUUGAUUAUUUUCAAAACAUGUCUGUGAUAUGUGUGAAAUUAUCUGAACUUUGAUGUUUUGCAGAUCAUGCAGUGUCUGCUACAUGCCCUCUUCUCAUAAUGUAAAUCAAAUAUGACCCUGUGAGAGUUCCUUUAUUACAUGCACACAAAAAAGCACUGCAUGUGAGGCAUACAGUAGUCAACUGUGUGACAUUUAGAUAGAAACCUACAAAAUGUCUUUGCCAUAAAGAAUGCAGAUUUGUGUUCACUCUGACAACAAAUGCAUUUGAUAAACUCUAAUGUUUGAGAUACCAGUCUCUGAGAUUUCUGUCUUCAUCCCAAUACAAUGGAGGUAAAAGGAAUUUUGUUUGUGUUGUUCCUACAGAAGCACUGAAAGUGACAUUUAAAGCUGCAUUAAUUUUCUUCUUCUUUUUUUUUAACAAGAGCUGUGAAAGGGGUCACUCUAAGUGACAAAGAAACAAAAAAAAUUAUAACCCACCUCUACAGCUCCCCUCAACCCUCAAAGCAUUUUAGCAUACAUCCCACAACUGUCAAGUUUUGGUUCAGUCCCACCACUCUUAUCAGCUCGUUUCCAGCCACAGAAGGGAGCUAUUUCAGUGUAACAAACCCACUGUAAAACACGGUUGCCCAUUAAGUUGAAAUCAUUUUGUUUUCAGACACAAUGCUCUGUUAAUUGUGGUUUUUCAUUGUGAUAUGUUUGGAAGAGAUUGAUUAAUACAGUUUUGAGAAGAUAUACACUUUAUGUGUCAAGAAUAAAUCUCAUUGUCACAAUCAUUUCAUGGACAGAGGUCAAAAACAUUUUUAUUUCAACUUUAUGGUCGACCGUGUAUAUUUCUUUAAUCAACUUAAUUCAAAUUUCAGUUUUUAGGUCAGUUUAAUGAUAAUGUAAAAAUGUGGAGAAACCGAAGCUGCUCUAUGAAUAAUUUAUACAUUUUAUCUAUAAUUUCAUUUUGUUUAAUAUGUCAACUCUACUAGUCUUUUAUCUUUUAGUUUUCAAUUAUCUUCAUAACGUCUUAUUAGCCACAUUGCCACACCAAGUAGCUAACCAUUUUCCAUUACUUUUAGUUAUCUGUUUUAACUACGUAUCCUUUUUAUUUAUUCGCUAGCUAUUUUAACUGUUUGUCCAUUACUUUUAGCUAACUUUUUUAACUGUGUAUUGGAGGAGCGUGUCUAUGUUCCCCGGGUCCUAUGUUCCCCUCUUUGUUUGAGACUG